AUGACGUCCACGCCUAGCGACGCGGGUCUUCAGUCACCGCUGCAGAGUGACUCCGAAUCGUCGACCAGCAUAGCCCAGUCGGCCACCCAUCGAGCACUACCCAGACUAUCCUUACCGUAUCGCCGCUCGAAUGCUUCGGUCGCCAGCUUGUUUGCGUCUACAUCCUCCGCUCAACAUUCUCCCACGGCCUCAGGCACCUCAACACCACCCGCCGGCGUCGUCAAUGCCUCCGUCUUCUCUCCACCUGCCUCGAGACUGGCCAAUGCCCUGAACUCGCCCACCACUGCCGCCCAACCCGAUGAGGCUCGUCAGCUAGUCCUGCGCGCCUUUGCUCCUCGUGUUUCUGUCCUGGCCUCGGAUGAUUGUCAAGAGUUGUUGCGCCACAAGGGUAUAAACGGAGGUCUCCUGGAAUUGCUGCGCCCGUUCGGAGAAAAAGUAGGCGGAAGAGUUGUUGUCAGGGAUAGCACUGGCGCCAGUAGACCAUGGGACGAUUUUGGAAUCAGAUUUACUGGCGUUUCCGAUGGCCUUGAACCUCCGAGACUGGAUGCGAACCCAUCUGAUCUGCCCGAAUACCGACCUGCGCGCUUACGUACAGGAGGCGAUGUCGAACAGAUUGAUGAGCUCGUCGCCCGCCAUCUCCAUUAUGCUCAGGACCAACCGUCUACCGGCGACUAUUUCUCAGGCCUUGAAACAAAACCACAUCCGUCACAACUCACCCCGUUCUAUACCCUAUACCUUCGAAGGCUUCUCUCCGGAAUACCAGUAACGCCACAUGAGACAUUUUCCCACCCCGUCGCCCUUGUAAUAGCAAUCAGCUCUCGUAAUCCCGCCCCUAUUGACGAACUCCGAACUCUAUAUACCAGCUCCAACACAGGCCAGCAUAAACCACCACCGUGGGUUAACAACGAGUUUCUACGAUAUUAUGUCCUCAUUCAUGACGAAGACCACGACGACAUUACAAAAUCCACCGCUCUAUAUGAACAGAUGAAGCGUCAUUUCGGUCUGCAUUGCCAUUUGCUGCGUUUACGGAGUAAUGAGUGUCUUCCCUCGGACGAUGACAGCAUGAGGUUACCCACUUGCGAGUGGUUGUCUGCUGGAGAAGAGUUGAGCGAGAUAGUCAACAGAGUUGAUGACGACCCAACGCCAUACAUAUUCGAAUCUGAUGCUGCUGCGAUUCGAGCAUUUGUUCGCGAAAUGGUGACCCAGUCAGUGGUGCCAGGUAUGGAGCGCUUAUCAGCCUUGUGGAAUAAUGAGGUUGCAUCACGGCGAAGGGGUAUCGCAGGAAAGCUUGGACAAGUAUCCAAACGCUUCACCUUUGGUUUCUCAUCACGAGGUUCAUCUGGAGGUAUUGGCGGUUCCAACAGUAACUACGACGCCCUCCAAGGCUUCUACAAACCCGACACACCAGAAGCAGUAUUACGAAAACUCGCCGAUUAUGCCUUCAUGCUCCGGGACUUCAAACUCGCCCAAAGCACCUACGACCUCCUCUGCACAGACUACAAAAACGACAAGGCAUGGAAACACUACGCCGGCGCCAAUGAAAUGGCCGCUCUCACAGCUCUCCUCUCUGCACCCGUCGUACCCUCCCGCCUCCGCGUCGACUCCCUAGACCAAUUACUGGAAACAGCAUACUAUUCCUACCUCACCCGCUGCUCAGCGCCCUACUCUGCUCUACGCACCUUAAUAAUCGGCACAGAGUUGUUGCGUCUACGCGGCGGCUCAGCUCUCGACGACUCUGCCCGCUGGGCAACCCGUAUCCUCGAAGACAGGCUGGUGGGAGCCACAGGCCACGCACUCCUCCUCGAACGCAUCGCCUCCUGCUAUUCCUCUCGCCGCGGCCACGGCAUCCUAAAUUCUGGCUCGCGACAACGAAAAGCCGCUUUCUACCAUAUCCUCGCCGCUGAAGCUUGGCUUAAACUCGAUAACCCGCGGCAAAGCGAAGGCAAUCUGGGUUCUGCUACUGAAAUCUAUACGUUGCGAUUACCGCCGUCAAAUAACGAAGGCUGCUCAUUCGAGCAUCUAGAAACUNUUUUGUUGCAACUCAAGCAACAAGUUGUGGAAAGUAGACCGGUGAACAGGGACACCGCAGAAGACGAGAAACAAGACCAAGCAGAGGAUGUGCAAGCGAUUCAAGAGCAACCUGCAAGUGGCCAACGAAGCCAUGCCAGAAGUCUUAGUUCUGUUGCUCCUUCUACUGCUGUCUCAAAUCUUGAUCCGCUGGGCGUGGCAGUGUUGUUGCCGCAUAGUCCUACACUUGAGGAGAGGCCAGAUCCUGCUAACGAUGGGUUUGAGUAG